CGAAUAAAACAGAUUUGCCAGCUUAAAUAAUGAAGUACUGUAUUCGGUGCUAAGGUAGCAUUGUCCUCAAAGUAGCCAAUUAAUCAUUUCCUUAAACCUUUUCUUAUCGGUCGCGGAUCGAUGUUGACCAAUAAAAAUAAUCUAUUCCUUUAAGGGAGGACAGAGGCGGGUCCUAACGCUUGACAAGCACUUCUGUCGACUAAUCAGAGCUCCGCUCCUUUCGGGGCCGAGACCCGGAAGCUAGGCUCUGUGGUUCGAGCCCCGCCUGCGGCGCGAUGGCACCCAAAGCGUUCAAAAUCCGUAGCCUCGGCAGCGAUCGGAAAUUCGGAGUGGCGGGAAGAAGCCUGAAGGAGUUGCUCUCCAAGGCCUGCGCCUUCCUGCAGCUCCCUUACACUGACUGCCAGCUGUGCUUAUAUGAGGACGGCACAGAGGUGACGGAAGGGUAUUUUCAGCAUAUUCCAGAUCAUUCGGAACUCAUCUUGCUACCCCCAGGAGAGAGCUGGCAUGGCUAUGUGAGCGAGAUCCAGCGGUUUCUUGACGCCUUUUCUAGCCGAAUGGAUGAUGUUAUUCGCGCAGCUCAGGGGCUGCUCUCUGACGAGGAAGCCCCCAAGAGACGGAAGCUGCUGGCUGACCUCAUUCAGACUCUCAGUGAAAAUAUUUCAGGGGAAAGCAGAGAGGAAGAUGGGAGAUGGUUCGAAGGGGUUGACUCUCGCUUUAAGACGAAGUCCAGUUACAUGCGCUACAGCUGUGAGAGCAGGAUCCGAGGUUACAUGAAAGAGGUCGGCAACUAUGCUUCCGCACUCCACCCGGCUGUCCAAGCUAAAUUCAAAGAGAUUGCGGAAGAGAUGCUGUUGAAAUUAAAGUCAGAGAGGUACAAUGGCUGUUAUUUUGACAGGAGAGAAGACAAGAAGGUCUGUCUUUGCACACCAGAAGGCUGGUUCUCUUGUCAAGGCCCUUUUGAUGCAGAAAACUGCCCUAGCCAACACUCCAUCAAUCCGUAUGGGAACAAAGAGAGCAGAGUCCUCUUUAGCACCUGGAACCUCGACCACGUAAUUGAGAAGAAGCGGACGGUCCUCCCGACGUUAGCAGAAGCUGUAAAGGGCCGAGACGGCAGGGAAGUGAACUGGGAAUACUUCUAUCAGCUGCUGUUUACCGUCCAUAAUCUGAAACUGGUGCACAUUGCCUGCCACAAGAAAGCCUACCACAACCUCAGCUGUGACAAGAGCAAGAUCUACCGAAAACGGAAAGGGGUCCACAAGAUCCGGAAGUGACCCCCCCCAUUUGCCAAGGGACUGACUUCUAAGUUGUGGGCUGAUGUACCUUUUUCCUGAGCACUUGGGUGGGUGGUCUGGCCAAUGAGCCUUUAUUUUGUGGAGUCCCAAUGCCUUCUGGCCCUUGACCUCAGUUGCACGUGGCUGUCUCCAUCAGGAGGAAGGGCACACGUUUUUGAACUCCCGAAUGCUGGCAACUCCAUUUAUUUCCCUGAUGUGGGUGCCUAUUGGCCAGGGCCCAUGCGGUCGCCCAAGUCAAACAAUGGAUUCUUCUCCACAUCCUAUCCUAUGGGGAUUUUGCAAUGUUUAAAUGGAAGGCUCAUUGUUUACCUAUAUGAGUACUCGUGUGGCGGAAGUUCCACCAUGCAAAGCAUGGAGAAGCCCUAAAUCAAGUAGUAGAAACAGAAAAUGGCUUCACUGCCUUAUGUUUUCUGUGCCAUUUUCAGCCUGGCUUAUCCUGCAGUACUGCAGAACGGAACAUGAAAAAUAAGAAACCAAUCACAUA